AUGAAACCCCUCCGGCCAUUUCCCUUGCCCAUCCAGGUCGGCACCGACAUCUGCCAGAUCUCGCGCGUCUACGGCAUCCUCCGCGGCCCGCGACGGGCCCGCUUCCUGGACCGGAUCCUCACGCCCGAGGAGCUCGCGCAGAGCGACGGCCGGCUCCGUGCCGAUGCGGCGCAGGUCCAGCCGGCCCCUCGUUCGGACGCACCCCCGACGGCGAGGGACGGUGAUGGAAGCGGAUUUCAGGGUGAGGGUGAAAGUCGUGGGCCGCUCUGGGCCUCGGCCGCCUUUCUCGCUGGACGCUUCGCGGCCAAGGAAGCGGCCAUCAAGGCGCACCCGCACCGCAACCUCACCUUCCAUGACGUCGUCAUCGAGCGUGCGCCGGCCGGUGCCCGUCUGCAGCGGCUCGGCAGCGGCCCGCCGGUGCUGCGGAUCAAGGCCGGUGAAGGGGAGACGGAAGACUCGAGCGCCUUGAUCUCCAUCAGCCACGAUGGCGACUACGCGACGGCCGUGUGCAUCGCGCACGAUCCGUCUCGCGGACCAGCCGGCGACCGUUGA